GAGAGGUGGUCGUGUUUUGGUUUUGAAAAUUUUCACUAUGCAAAAAUGAAUAGGAAGUACGAAAGUUUAUUUUACCAAAAACUAUUAGUUUAAACUUUGCUAAGUGUUUAAACAAUAAAGUAGUUUUUAGUGAUGUUUUAAUUUCAAAUGCUAUUUGUAUAUUGGACACUUUAGUAUAAAAUAAAUACAAUGCAUAAAUACUAUAUCUCGGUAUUAUUAGUGCGCUUGGUUCUACCAGCGUCACUGCUUCUUGGUAUUGCACUGCGGCCUUUCGGUCUUUCUCUUAUAUAUUUGCUGUUAUACUUGAUAGCGCCGUUUCCACAAGUACCAGAUUCCAAAACAUUCCGAGGCUGUCGAGGCAAAUAUCUCCAACUCAAUCUAGCUGUCUCCGCGUUGCUUUUGCUCGUUCAUGCAAUAUGGCACAGUGUCCUGGCGGGUUUUGCGCCUUAUGGCUCUCUUUUCGAGGAUUAUCCAAUCAUCCAAACGAUCGGAUUCAAUCUUGGCCUUGUAUCAUAUGCGGGUAUAGAUCCACUUAUGGCAGUGCAUUAUCUUGCACCUGAGUUGGUAGUAAUGGGCACAUCAUUAGUGGUGAACUUGAUGGUGCGUUCUCUUCUCGUUGGAUCUUCUAAUGAUGAAGUUAUUAGAAAAGAUUCCAAGCAUCAGCGGUUUCCUUUGCUCACUAGCGCAGGAAAAUAUCUCGCACUACUCCUUUUAAUGGCAUCGGGAAUAAUGCGUCCCAGUGUAACAUCAGGGAUAUAUUUCUUGGUGUUUAUGGGAGCGGCAACAGCAUGGGCUGUAGGAAAUCCUCUAGAACGAGGAUUUGCCGUGGUGAGCCGCUGUAUCAUGGCCAUUAUGGGCGUCCAUAUCGCAGUACUUCUUGUUUACCAGUGCACUUGGAUUAUAGAUAUUUUUCCACCGGAAACGAAUCUAGCUAGAUAUUUUGGUCUUACAAAACUAGUUAUACUUAACGUAACAGACACAUCGAGUUUUACGUAUGAAGUGACCGACGAUCAUAUGUGGGCUACCUUGGCUAGUCCCUUAGUGAUACUAUUUUCCUACUUUUUCCUCGCUAUAGAAACGCGAGAGCUCUUCAAACCGAAGGCGAAGAAAAAAAGUGCUUUAACCGGCCUCGAAGCGGGUAAACUGAACGGUUCUUUGGUGCGCGGCGUGUCCUUCCACCGCAGCAGCAGGCACGCGCCGCGCGACAAGUGGAAGAACGCCACGAAGAAAGUUCGCCUCCUUCGUAGCAUGAGCCCUAGUAAGCGUUGGUCGAGCGUCCGAACCAGCUCGGUCACGCGUCAACUGCACCAAGAUUCCACCGGUUCCGUCGUUGUACCUGAUGAAGAAUCAGUAAUGGAUAUAGAAGAGCCCACAUUAAUGGAUGAUAUUGUGGCUGCUGUUGUUGAUUUCUUCCAAGUAUUAAUCAGAUCUUCCUACAUAGCGACAACGAUAACAAUGAUGGCUUGGAGUAUAAUGUUCCACUCGUGGUUGACAUUCGUGUUCCUCAUGUGGGCAAAUAUCGUGUGGCUGUGUCAGGAUCAGCGCUCCUUCAUGUUGAAGACAAGUCCCGUGCUGGUUUGCUACGCAAUGUUACUGCUCAUCGCGCAGUACAUAUACGGCAUGAAUCUUACGGAGAACGAGCUACCGUCUAAUAUAACAGAAAGUUUUUUACCAAUUUCUUUACUCUUUGCGAACCUGCACCAGAUAGGCCUGGGCCGGGAGGAGGGCGAGCCGUGCGUGCCGCUGCUGAUCAAGUCGCUGUUCACGUGCAUGUUCUGGGUGACGCUGCGCCAGCGCGUGCAGGAGCUGCGGCGCCGCCGGCACUCCGCCGUCGUCACCGACAUGGCGGCGCCGCUGCACCUCACCGCCUCCGCGGCCGCCAGCGGUGUGGACGCCUCUCGUGAAGAGGAGCGACGGUCACGCUUGCUGGUAGCGUUAGGCGAGUGGUUGCGAGCUGCCUGCGCGCGGUACUGGAUCUACGUCGUGGUCAUCAUGCUCUUCGUGAUCGGCAUCACGGGUGACCGGAUGACCAUCUUCAGGAUCAUAUACAUGUUCCUUUUCCUCUUUUUCAUACUCAUGUUCCAGAUAAGUUGGUACUGGUGGCGUCGUCUGAUGUACGUUUUUUGGAUAACAGUGAUUAUAUAUUCAAUGAUCAAUCUCAUUCUAAUAUAUAUAUACCAAUUUGACAAUUUUUCGAAGACGAUAGAAACUUAUUUGAUGAUCAACGAGAGAUUGCAACAUGAUUUGGGUUUGGAGCCAUAUCAUCGGGCAGACCUUUUCGUAAAACUUUUAACGCCCACCUUAUUUCUUAUCAUUACUAUAAUGCAGGUGCACUAUUUCCAUAAAGACUUUAUGGCAUUAUCCGAUCCGAAAACGAGGACAAAUAGUAUAGCUAGAGAAGUAGACUCAAGUAGACCGAGUCAAGGCGGUACUUCCACUAUGAAAGAUGAUCUGCCACCGCUGCCACUAGAAGGUAGACCCGCUAACGAGCACUCCGACACUGACACUGAAGUAGAGCAGUCCAUAGGGACGUCCUCCUUCAAUACUGCCGCUCGCCGCUCCGUGCACAGGAGGUCCCCGCGGCGGGCGGCGCGCGCGCGCUGGUGCCGCGCGGCGCGCGCGUGGGCGUGGCGGCGCGGCGGCGCGCUGCGGCGGCGGCUCGGCGACUGGGCCGACAAGGCCUUCACCUUACUCGACAUACAUCUCAUCAAGAUCGUCUUCCUCUCGCUCAUGCUCCUCUGCGUCUUUAAUGUCUGCGCCAUGCACGUUCCAAUAAUGAUAAUUAUCUCACCGGCGCUGUUGCUAAGCUCUCGAAAGCAAAGAAUAUGUGUAUUAUUAAUAUCAACUUUAAUUAGUGUAUAUUUUAUGGCGAAGAUGGUCUAUCAGAUAGAAUAUAUAAAGCAUUCAUUUUUUGACGUAAAUUGUACAAAGCCAGGAGAGAACAAUACACUGAAUACUACAGUAUACAACAACGCUGAAUGGGUUGGGUUCAGUAAGGCGACGUCAAAGCGACCUCUAGUGGUGCUCUUGAAGGGCUACAUUGGCCUUAUCGCUCUUUUCACCUUCUAUUCUCUGGUUAGGUAUAGGCAGCAAACGCUCAGGACCAUGGGUCUCCUGCCGACUAACAAGGAGAAGAUAAUGUUUCCAGACGUUACUCGCGUAGAUGCGGAUAAAAACCUGAUGCACUGCUUUAAGUAUUUAGUGAACUACGGCUUCUACAAGUUCGGAGUUGAGAUCUCGCUGAUGUGCCUGAUGGGCGUGAUCGGCUCGCGCAUGGACGUGUGCGCCGUGCUGUACGCGGGCUGGCUGCUGGCGCUGGCGGCGGCGCGGCGCGCGCGCCUGGCGCGCCUGUGGCCCGCCUUCACCGCCUGCGUCACCGUGCUCGUGCCGCUGCAGUACAUGCUGGCCGUCGGCUUCGUGCCGCAGCUCUGUCUGCGCUACCCCUGGAGCGGCAGCGACCAGCAAAUGAAACACAUCCGCACAUGGCUCUUUUUACCGUACGACGACGAGCCCCCGCACGCGGUGAAGCUCAUAUUCGACUACUUCUUGCUUUUGUUCGCUGCGCGCCAGUUGAGAGUCUUUCGCGUUGAAAAAGUACACGGCGAAUCUUACGCCGGCGGUUCCAACAGCGAGGACAUCGGCAGAGACUGGGAAACCCCCAACUUUGUUAAUCCAGUACCAGACUUUUUAGGAUAUGUCGGAUCAUGGUUAGAUGUCUUGAAAAGAAUGGUAUUUCUGGGCAUGCUGUGGGUGACCCUCGCCAUUAUGUUCAUGACGGGCACCAACCGCGUCAAUCUGUUUUCAAUGGGCUACCUCAUCGGUUCCUUCAUAUUCCUGUGGCAAGGGACAGAUUUCUAUUUACGUCCGAAGGAAGCAAUAUUGCAAUGGUGGUCCUGGCUCCUACGCUACAAUGUGUCGGUGGUGGUAGUGAAGGCGCUACUGCAGAUCCCGGGCUGCAUGUUCAGCUCAGUGCUGCAGGAACACGCGUGCUGGCUCGUGCAGCUGCUGGGUAUCGGUUGCGUCGACAAGUUCGCCGGAGGAAACAUCGCCAGGUUUCUUAAGAUGCAGUAUGACAAGGAUUCAAUGUGUUCAGUUCCUCAAGAAGACAUUGGUUUGGCGUGGGAUGGAGUUUGUUUCGCCUUCCUAAUAUUACAAAGAAGACUUUUCCAUAGUUACUAUUUCUAUAGAGUCAUUGAUGAAAGCAAGGCUACCACUGUCCUCGCAUCUAGAGGUGCGGAUUUAAUUGAGGAACUUCGGCAAAAACAAAUGAACAUUCAAGAGGAACAAGAAGUAAAGAUAUUGGAAAAGAUCAAAGUUAAAAUGGAACGAAUUAAAGCAAAUCAGAAGAAGAUACAGGGAGUUAUGUCAAAGGAGCCCGUGCACCACGACGCAGCACGCGUGAGACCUCCGUUUAAGCCGCCCGCCAGCCAUCAGAAGGCGGUGCGUUCCGGAGACUACUACAUGUUUGAUGAAUUUGACGAUACUGACGUACAUCUGAAAGAUGAUGAGUCCAGUUCAGACGAAGACGCACCAAAGACUAUGGGCUUCGGGAAGCUCGUGUCGACGGCCAUCAAGACGGACGUGCGGCGCGCCGUGUCGCUGCGCCGCGCGUCCGCGCCCGCCGUGCGCACGCGCGCCUCCUCGCUCACCUUCCCCUUCUCCUACCCGCGCCAGGGUCGGACAACUUCACCUCGGUCAGAGGCUGUACGGGAAGCAGACGUGGACGUAAAGAUACUAGAGCAGGACCGGCCCGGACCUUCAUCAGAACUAGACGAAUUCGCACCGCCACCAGAAUCGGAGUCAUUCAUUGAUAAAGUAAAGAGCUUUUUAGACACAGCUGGCGCCUUUAUAUCCAGUAUACUUGUAUCCUUGACGCGUCACCUAAUGAAGUAUUCGCGAGAUUACAGAUAUGUGUCGCGUACGUUAUCUUUUGAAAAGAAAAGGCUAAAGGAGAAAGAAGGUUUCGGUAUCGGGCGAAGAGAAGGUUCACAGAUGAUUUGGGAGCCGCUACCCGAAACUCUGUUGCAUCACCGUAAGUUAAGCGAUUUAAGCGUCCCGGAGAUCCGUAUCUUGGCGGCCAGCGUGGAGGGCGGGCUGGACGUCGCCUCGAGCGCGUCCUCCGACGACACCUCCGAACACGAGAGCGCGUUUAGCUUACAGACUACCGAAAGUAAGGAUGUGACGACGUUGGAAGAGCAAGACGACUCGAUGUUUAAGCAAGAAAAGCCUCCAAUAAUACAUCUCAUUUAUGCGUUGUGGUACGCGGUGCUGGCACAUACCGACAUUGUCUGUUACAUUAUGGUGUUCAUAAAUCAGAUCCAGUCGGCGACGAUUCUCUCCAUCCCAUUACCUCUUAUGGUGUUUUUAUGGGGAACUUUGACCAUACCGCGACCAACUAAAACCUUUUGGGUUACUCUCAUUGCAUACACUGAGGUCAUAGUACUAAUAAAGAGCAUGUUCCAAUUCGAAAUCUUACCCUGGAACCAAAAAGCCAUACCGGCCAACAUGCCAUUUACCGCGCCGAGAAUAAUCGGAAUAGAGAGGAAAUUCAACUAUGCGUUAUAUGACCUACUUCUUCUACUCAUUAUAUUUUUACAUAGAUUCAUGUUGAAAUCGCUGGGGCUGUGGAAGGAAUCAACGCCGGAGGUAGAAUUGAAAGAGGAUAUGGAGUAUCCCUUGAGCUCUGCUGAUACCCAAAUGUUGGUGGAAGGUCGAGGCGCAGAAGUCGGUCGGAAGUAUCUGGAAAUGCACGAAAGGCCGACCCCGCCCGAAGAAACGGAAACGAAUGAAACAUCUGAAACUCCGAAAAAGACGGUAGAACUGAGAGAACCAGAGCGAACGGAUGAUCGCGACAUAGAACCAGAACCCGGUCCCUCUAAAGUCAUGGACGAUGACCAUUACAAUGUAAAUGACGACCAAGAACCGAUAAUUGCCGUAGCGACGACGUUAGAGGAUACGUACAGUAACUAUCCUCAAGUAAUCGUCCUAUCCGUGAAGCGCUACCUGCAGCCCACGCGGCACUUCUUCCAGCGCAUGUUGGCCCCGGGUGCGCGCGUGACGGCCGACAUCUACGCCUACAUGUUUCUUUGCGACUUCUUCAACUUUCUCGUCGUUAUAUUCGGCUUCGCUGCUUUCGGAACUCACCAAGGGGACGGCGGAGUGCAAGCUUAUCUGGAAGAGAACAAAGUACCGAUCCCAUUUUUGGUGAUGUUGAUUCUUCAAUUCGGUCUGAUAGUGAUAGACCGCGCGCUCUACCUCCGCAAGUUCAUGCUGGGCAAGAUAUUAUUCCAAUACGCACUCAUCAUCGGCGUGCACAUCUGGAUGUUCUUCGUGCUACCUUUCAUCACUGAAAGAACGUUCAACGCUCUGUUGCCGCCGCCAAUGUGGUACAUGUUGAAGUGCGUCUACCUGCUGCUGUCCGCUUACCAGAUCCGCUGUGGUUAUCCGCGCCGUAUCAUCGGCAACUUCCUCUGCAAGUCCUACCACUUCCUCAACAUGGUUUGCUUUAGAGGAUUCAUGGCGGUGCCUUUCUUGUUCGAGUUACGCACGUUGAUGGACUGGAUCUGGACGGACACAUCUAUGACGCUCAUGGAUUGGCUCAAGAUGGAGGAUAUAUUCGCCAGCGUUUUCUUACUAAAGUGCUCGCGCUACGUGGAGGACGAGUUCCCGCAGCCGCGCGGCGCCAAGAAGUCCACGACGUCCAAGUACCUGCUGGGCGGCGGAGUGCUCGCCUUCGUCAUCGCCAUCAUCUGGUUCCCGCUCGUCUUCUUCGCCUUCGGAAACUCGGUUGGGCAACCGAAUCCACCGACAGACGUUACGGUGAAAAUUCGUAUUGGGCCAUUUUUACCAGUCUACCAGAUGUCGGCACAAUCACACAAUAUAGAUGUCUUUACGGAGCAGGACUACACUCAGCUGAGCAACCAGUACGCGCGCGACCGCACGGCGCAGACGUUCCUGUCCAACUACAUGUACAACGACGUGGCCGUGGUCACCAUCAACCCCAACUCCACCAUGACGUGGCAGAUCUCGCCGCCCGAGCUCGCCCGCCUCGAGAGGGAGGCCGUCUCCAAUGCAUCGCUUGCGGUUAAAUUCACGUACGUGAUCACUCAUCCGAGCAACAACGCGCAGAACCCGCCCACCAUAGACAACAACCGCGAGGUGCCGCUCGACGCCUACAUCGACGGGAAGCGCAACCCCGAGAGGGAGACGUUGCUGAAGCUGCUCGCGGACACCGCCAAGCCCGACACUUGGCUUAAUGUGAAGAUGCUUUUCCCGAAAUUCCUAAAAGUCUUCAAUAAAGGCACCACUAAACCUGCCUACCAAUUAAUGCCACCAAUAUCGGGGACCGAGCACGACGACGCGCGGUUUUACCGCGACGUGCAGCUGCGCCUCGAGCGGGAGGGCGACAGCGUGUACUGGCGCGUGCGGGAGGCCUGCCAGCAGUCCGAUUACCUUGCGGCGAUCCCGAUGAACAACUGCGAUAUGCUCGUCAUGUACACUUUCAAUGACAAACUCUUCCCGGAGACUCUCAAUUUUAUAUCAGGGGGAGGAAUAAUCGGCCUGUACACGACGUUCGUGUUCCUGGCGUCGCGCGUGCUGCGCGGCUUCUUCUCGGGCAUCUACACCAAGAUCAUGUUCGACGACCUGCCAAACGUGGACCGCGUGCUGCAGCUUUGUCUCGACAUCUACCUGGUUCGCGAGGCUUUGGAGCUGUCACUAGAAGAAGACCUAUUUGCGAAAUUAGUGUUCUUGUAUCGAUCGCCAGAGACCAUGAUAAAAUGGAGUCGACCGAAGGAAGAAGACAGUCAAGAACAAAGAGCACUACCAGCUCCGAACUGAUCUGCAUUGAAGUAAUAAUUGAUUCAGUGAUACAUAUUCCCAUAUGUCGAGAUUUAUAAUGAUCAAUUAAAAGAAGGAAAAUGAAGUAGAUAAUUAUUGAAUAAGAGGAUGUUUCCUAUUACGACGAAUAUCUUUUAAAAUAGGUUUCAUAUAUUCGCAUAUAUUAUACAUUUUUAUACAAAUAUAAACGUAGUAGCUAAAAAUUUUACUUAAAAAAUGUAAUUAAUAAAAUAGAGCCAAUUUUAUAUAUAUUGUUGUAAGAAUUCGGUAACUUGUACGUCCAUAUAAUGUCAGCUUCAAAUCUCUGAUUAAUUUAUGAAUCUUAGAAAUGAAUAAUCCGAUGAUACAUUAUAAUAUGUCUAUAUAUGUAUUUUUUAUGUUAAUCAUAAACGUAAAAAGUCCAAGAAAUCGAUGGACCGAUGCUACCAUUAGAGAGACCACAUAAAUGAAUAUAGUUUAGGAUAUAAAAUACGUAAGCUGUACAGUAAGAAGGUAAUUAGGAUCCUUAAGAAUAAUGCCUCUGCUUAAAUAUUGGAUAAAAUUUAACCUGAGAAAAGCAUAAUGUAAUAAGUCGGUCACAUAUGGAUAUGUGUUGUCCAUAGUCUCUCACCCUUGAAAAUAAAAAUAAAACCUAAUAAGCCUAUCGUACUACGUAACAAUUAAUUGAUGUACAUGCCGCAUAUAGCUCGUAAUAGCUUUGAUACAGGUAAUAUUUGGUAUAUAUUUAGAAACCUAUAAUAGAAACAUGGUGCAUAUAUAUUUAUGGAAUAGCAACAAUGUAGGGAUCCAUCCAUAGAUUAUUGAGAAAUCAUCCAGAUAUUAAGUAUUUAUAACUAUUUCUAGCACAAUAUUUGUACUUUCUACCUGCACAUGAUAAUUAAUUAGUACUUAAUAAAUAAAAAACUUGUAGUAUCUUUACGCUCUCUAAAUGUAAAACAUUAAUUUGUCAUAUUUCAAUUUCAUUGAGUAUCUUACUAGUCUUAUAUUACACAUUUUAUUUUUGGAGAUUAAAUGCUGUAGUCCUACUCAAGCUUCUUCUAUUUACCUAACUUAAAGUAAUUAUAUUAUUUCUAGAUUUCCUUUUUUACUUUCUUUUUUUAUCUAACAGUCUUAUUGUAUUAUAUACAAUGUUGAAUAAUAUUAUAAUUGUUAAAAUACCCUUCGUUAUGUGUAAACAUUUUAUCAAUGUUAAAUUUAUGCAAUAAAUAUAUUGGUUUAUAUAAUAUAUAAUAAAUAUAACUUUUACCUCAAUCGUGUUGAAUGCAUUUUUGAUAUUAUAAUUUAUUAAAUUAUUAAGUACAAAUAUUAUGUGUACAUUUUGUAACAUUGUUAUAUUUAAGC